AUGAGCACUGGCAUCGACUCUUCGCAGUCGGAAUCACAGUCGCAGGCUAUUCGGCAUGAGAUUGAUGACCUUGAACGCCGGCUGGUAGAUGCGAAAGCUCGUUUGAACGGCGGAUGUGCCAUAGCUAAUGAGGAUGCUAUCUCCAGCGUGCCCAAGGUUCUUCCAAGUCAUGGACCGUUGACUACCUCAUCUCACCACUUCCUCCUGCUCCUGUCUGACUCGGCACUCCCCUUGGGCUCUUUUGCAUUCAGCAGUGGCCUUGAAUCAUACCUUGCCCACACCAGGCCAGCCUCAUCUUUCCCCGCAUUUUUGGAGUUCUCUCUUGCAUCUUAUGCCUCGACCACUCUGCCAUUUGUUCUUGCCACGCACCGGAACCCAAUUGACCUGGUAGAACUCGAUGAUACUCUGGAUGCGGCGAUCAUGUGCACCGUUGGUCGUCGAGCUUCAGUAGCGCAAGGCCGAGCUCUGCUUUCGAUAUGGGACCGUUCGUUUAGUACCGCAGUGCCAGUAGGAGAUUCAGCGGGCGCUGUCGAGAUGCUCAAAGAACUAUCUGUACUGCUACGGUCAACCUCGUCGGUUGUAUCUGGUGAUCUGCCUACAGCCUCCGCUCAUCUUGGGCCCCUAUUUGGAGCAAUCGCCUGUGUACUAGGGAUGAGCCUGCAGCAAACUGCUUAUGUUUUCAUGUUGAGCCAUGUGAAAUCAUUGCUGUCUGCGGCUGUUCGGGCGAGUGUGUUUGGACCUUAUCAUGCGCAGAAAGUACUCGCAAGUGUUGAAGUCCAAGACGGCAUUCGUCAAGCCAUUGCUCGGGAGUGGGACACCAAGAUCGAGGAUGCAGGUCAAAGUGUGCCGGUGAUGGACCUCUGGAUUGGGAGACAUGAAAUGCUGUAUUCUAGAAUCUUCAACAGUUGA